GGACUUGGUGGAGAGGUGCUCUUGCCCUUCACAGUUUCCGAUGGUCAAGGUGUCUGAGGGGAAAUACCGUAUUGGCGACACGCGCGUCCUGAUCUUCGUUAGGAUUCUCCGUAACCACGUGAUGGUGCGCGUCGGCGGAGGAUGGGACACCCUCGAGCAUUACCUGGACAAGCACGAUCCCUGCAGGUGUCGUCAAGGUCACCGCACGGCCCUGUCUUCCCGCGUGGGCUUCAAGACGUCGAGCAGCGGACAGGAGAGGCAACUCAUGAACGUCACGUAUGAGAGGUGUGACGAGGGCUACGUCCCCUCCUCUCCGUCGCCGCGUCGCAGAUCGAGCGCCAGCGGCCGAGGAAUCAGGCGAGACUCCCUGGAGGGCCGCUCCUCCCUGCGCCAGCGGUCCCAGUCGCCCGCCAACAGGGACCCCGGCGCCGCCUUCUCUCGCACUGGUUCUGGCAGAUAUAACCCCAUAAAGUGGAGUCCCGGUUUGCGCGACGAACAGACCGCCUGGCGAGACGACUCCUCCGAAGUGAGCGAUGAAGGAUACAAGAGUCAGGGGAACACAGGUCCGAGGACACUCCCCAGAAAUCGCAAGCCGACACCGAAGAAGAGCCUGGAACUGGAUCCUACAGAUAUGUUAGAACGUCCUGAGUCUUCCAUGACACAGAUGUCCUCUGAGGGAUCGUCGAUGUCCACCGAAGACUCGGUACACACUCCCCCGAGGUCCCCAACCAACACAACGACCACCGCCCCCCACUAUCCCCUCACAGAUGCAACCAACACUUGGUCACCUCCGUCACAGAUCAAGCAUAAGAAUUCCAGCAUUGGUACGCCCAGAUCGAAGAUACCGUUUAUUGAUACCCUGAAGAGUCCAUUCAUAAACAACAAGAAAUCCAAGAAAGCGUCAUUGCCGGAGGAAAAGUCUUCUCCGGGGAAGCCAGCCUGGAAUGCCGGCCCGGGCGUGAGGAGGAACAGCCUAGAUCGCGGCGAGCGGGUCAUUAGCCGCAGCAGAAGCGCCACGAGCGAGGGCGGCCUCAUCAUGCUGGGCAGAGACUCCCCGGCCCGGCAGUCCUUCCGCCCGUCGGCCAGGCGUCAGUCAGGGGGCUCGUGCGGCCCGACAGGGAAGAACACCUGGAACGGCCGAGCUUCGCGGGAACGACCGAGCCUCACCGCCGACACCUACAAGCCGCCCACGACACCCAGGACGGUUCGCUCGGCCUCAGCCUCUCCCGCAACCACGCGGCGUCAGGUCGGGCACUCGGCGCCGGCCACACCGCUUAACCGCUCGCCGAAACGCUCUGCGCCCGCGUCAACUCUCACGUCCCCUACCGGUGGCGGGCCGCUUUUACAGCAACUGGCCGACUUAGAACCAGAUGAAAAUACUCUUUUGUGCAUUAAAGAUAUUUAUGACUCUCUUAAAGCAAGGGUUUCGGAGAGCUUAGCCGCGGAAGGUAAAUCAUUGCCUCCUGAACUGUCGCAAGACUACACUAAUUCGUGGGUGACUGCACAUGUAUCCAGUGGUAGCCGUAGUUUAGAUCCGAAACCCAGUGCUAGUGCUUCGAACGGUCCGCCAGGUGCUGUGAGGAUUACUCCGAGAAAGUCCGGCGUCGGUUCUCGUAUCCCAGCUCCUACCUUUUUCCUUCCUCACCAGACAGGGAUAUAGCAGCGGGAUCAAAUAGAGUAGUAAAAGGCUGUGGACGUGGCACGUGGAGUCAGGGUCAGUAACCUACACCAAUUGGACGGUUGAAUCGAAGCUCGCGAUGAAGUGAAUCAAAUUUUGAGUCCUUUUUCAUGCUCUGUGUCCUGGAUGAAAACGCGAGAGACUAAAUUGCUCAGACUCUUCGAAGUAGAAAGGGAUGCUGUUCCCCCUCCAGUAGGUGCCACCAACUAAGAUUGGCUAGGAAUAUAUCCAUACCCAAUGUGCCUCUGUAACCACACUAACAUGAAUGGUGCUCCUUACCUAACAUGUGAUAUGUUGCAAUUUAUAUUAUUUCUGAUUUUAUGAGAGUAACAUUCCGAUAUUAUAAUGUGUUUGAUAUCGGUUGUGUCAUAUUGCAGAUACUAGUCGAUUGUAGAAUAGAAAAAAAAUUAUUCUAUCAAAAGUAUUUAAGAUAAACUGUUUUUAAUUCAAUUUGAUAUUACUGUUGACACAUUUUUAGUACAAUGGUAUAUAGCUUUACAGACUUAUUUGAUCCAAACACAUUACUGUAUAUCCCUAAUUUCAGAAUUUGAUUGUAGUCAUUUAUUAAUUCAUCGAAGUAUGUAUUCUACUGCAUCAUUAUUUCCCUCUAUGUAAAGGGACGCAGACCUGUCCCUUCUGUGCUCCGGUAUAAUAACUGUCACACACCAGUACAGCAUCUAGUGUCUAACUGGGUACUUUAUAUAACCGAACACCACGUCAAGGAUCAUUCACAACCAUAGUGAAUGCUUUGCAACAGUCAUGAUAUCAAAGUAAUAUAUUGCUAUUAAUGUUGCAAAUAGUAUAGGAAGAAUAGUGUACACAGCAUAUUGUAAUCCUUAAUCAGUGUUGUUUGGAUAAUUAGGCCACACAGAGCUAAUCGAUACUGAGAAUGAUGCAUACAGGGCAAUUACAGAACUUUAUUUUCUAACUGAUAUCAGCAGGAUUAUUUGUCAUGGGACUGAAUAUGCCCAGCAUUUAAUGUGAUAAGUUUGGCAGAAAACCGUGCAACUGUUAAUCUCUUUGAACAUGGUUUGGAUAUGUGCAUUAAGGUUUAUCAGAAUAUAUGAUAUAAUGUAAAUACAUUCAUUAUAGUUUAUAUAUUGUGUGUAGAGUGUGGCACUCGAGAGUGUACUCUUCUUUAUUAUUAGUCGUCAAAUGAGACAUUUGCAGAUGAUUUGAUUGUUAAAGAGCUUGUGCAUCAAAAUUUUAUAGAUAUAUAUACUGUAUAUGUUAAUUCUUAUAUUGAACCAAGUCCUCGUUUUCUAAAAACACGACUUCCAUAUAUAAAAGAGUUAUAGAAUGAUUUCUGACAUUAUAUAAGUUAUAAAGAAGGACAAUGUUGGAUGAGUGAAUGAGAGAAAAUAGUUGCAUUUUUCUCUGUCAACAUAAGUGUGUAUAUUAUCAACUCUCACCCAUAGUGGAUGCAACCCUGAAGGCUUUCCUGUAACUUCCAUUGCUUUGUUAAUAUUUCUAUGUGUAUCAGCCACAGUUUUACUAAUAUAGGGUUAAAACUGAACAGUAAUACGAUGAGAAAGAAAAACUGUUCAUGUCAUGUGAUUCAUUUGUCCAAUAUCAUUAAAAUGUUAUUACACUGUAUGUAAGGACAUUACAGGGUGUUGGGGAAGAAUAUACAAAAUUGUAAAUUAUUUAAUUCAGCCAUUCUGAAUUAUUAUAAGACAGUGUGCUGUUUUGCACUGUUCUGUGUUGCUUAGAGCUAAAGACCUAUAUAAUGAUGAGAGGUGAUCAGAGACAAAGUGUUUGAAAGUUUGCUCACUGUAUUUCAUGCUUCCGUCUAGCACUUUGUUCUCAUGUCUAGAACUUUUGUAAGAUGCUGAAAUAGUGUUCUUCCCUGAUUUUUUCUACUUAUUUCAGCACUUUGUAACAAUGACUGAUAUACUGGCUUAAGUUUAAGAUUUUAAAUUAUAUACUAAUCCUAAUUUUUGGUUGCUUAUAUUUCUCGUUUGGAGGAAACUGAUGGGGUUCGAGGUAAGCAGAAAAGAUAACAAUAACCAGUAUAUAUUGAUUUUAUUUCGUAAUACAUUGUGGGCCCAAAGGUGAUGUGAAGGGCAUGCUGUACAUAGUGUUGAUUGCAACUUUGUGUUAAUCCUUGAUGCUCUCGUAUCAGUGAAGCAAUAUAUAUGCAUAUACAAAUACCAUAUUUUAUUGUAUAACCGGGCCUCACUUAACCCACAAUUUUCCCUGCACCUCAGUUAACUGCUGCUCACUGUACCCUUUUUUUAUGUUGGCCAAUGAGCAGAAACUCCAGUGAACUAAUGCACAGAGGUUGUUCAUAAAAAUACCUUUUUUUAAUAAACACACUCCAAAAA